GAGAGACCAGACAGCGACAUUAUUCAUCGGUAGCUGUUGUAAACAAGCUGGAAAUAAUACACGUUUUUGGCAUUUACUUAUAUAUAUUUAUCCUUUCUCCUACGAUUUUACCCGAAAUAUCAAGAUAAUUAUUCACGAUGAAUACACAAAAAACGCGUUUGUAAAGUUUUUGAAGCGAUUGAACCGGAAACCAACCGAAUAUAAUGUCUGACUUUGAGGACGAUGUUUUAAACAGCGAUGCGGAUCUGGACUACGAAGUGUGCGAGGAAGAUGAGGAGGCACUGCUUGCUGAUGACCAGAGCACGAGAAAUAACCAGGUAACGGACGCAAGGGAACGCAUUAUGCAGCGGUCCAUCAGCAAAAGCAGCAAAGCCGAAGAGGACUGGGACGAAGAAGAGGAAGACGACGAUAAUGAGGGCAGGGGCAGGUUUCUAUCAGAAAGAGCCCCCAACCCUCAGGUGGCUCGACCUAGAGAGGUCAUUCCCGAUUCUUUGGAUCAAGUGGAAGUCCCAGAGGCUGAAGUGAACAACCGACGGCCGCAAAAUUUUCAAACCAGAGGCAGAGGAAACCGAAGGGGAGGACGAUUUUUCCACCGAGGAGGCUUCCGUGGAAGAGGAAGGGGUGGCUUUCCCAGCAAUGGCAACCUCAGAAGUCUCGGUGAUGAUGGAAUGAGAUACCACCAAGACCAACCAUCGAUGAAUAACGGCCCUCCGUCAGCCCCGACCAAAAUUCUUAUAAACCCUCAUUUUAAAGGACCCCGGCCGCUUUUAAAGACACCCACUCACUUUGAACCUGAGGAGCCGUUCAGGCAGUUUCCGCCUCCGUCAAAUAAUCCAGCGCCUUCAGGACCAGGAUAUCAACAAUACAACAACCCUCCACUCCUUCCGCCACCUCAGCCAUAUCAUGAGCCCCCGCGUGCGUAUCCAGAGCAGCCGCCCCCGUACCACCCUCCGCAACACAGGCAGCCGCCUCCACAGGACUGGGUGCACGCAGAGCCGUUCUAUCCAGGCCGGCCGCACCAUCCAGACUUCUCAAACUCGGGCCGGCCACCGACGCACAGGCCGCCCCUGCUGCAACCUCCUCUGCAACAACAGCAGCAGCAGCCUCCGUACGGCGGGCCGCCUGCAAGGGGCCCGUACUCUGGACCGCAGCACAGACCACCUCCGCCUCAUCAGCAGUACCCACCAGCCUAUCAACAACAGGCGCCGCCGCCCUCGCACCAGCUGCCCCCGUACGCUCAGCCACCGCCGCAGCACUCGUACCAGCAGCCGCCUCCACCGAUGAACUACCCCCCUCCCCCUGCACAGCCUUCGUACCCUAUGCACAGCCAGCCACCACACAUGGGACCUCAAGCGCCAUACUACGAUCAGCACAACUCCAUGUCGGCGCCGCCACCAAUGUACACAGCACCUCCUCCAGCGCCGCUGCUUCUUCCUCCUGUCAAGGAUGAUUUUCGGCCAUCGAUCUUUCUUACCGAGAGGCUAGACCGAAGACGUUCAAGGUCAAGGUCCAGGUCACCAUACUACGACCGCUACCGCAGAAGGUCCAGGUCCAGGUCUCGAUCCUACUCUCCCCCUCGAAGAUACAGAGAUGAUUUACGCCGAGAAAAACUUCCCCCAAGAAGAAUCUCGCCGGAACCACUCAGGAAGCCAGUUAGCAGACAGCAUUCACCUCCGCCGCCACUGAUGCGUAAGCGAGAGUCGACCCCUCCUCCUCGGAGGGCGUCAAAUCCGGAGGAAGCCGCCUACCUGCGAGCCAUCGAAAAGCAGAAGCAAGAGCGAGAAACGGUCCUCAAGAUGAAGGCGAUCAAGAGGAAGCUGGAGAUCGAGAAGAAGAAGCGGGACGGAGACAAGCCGGAGGUUGCGUCGCCAGAGAAGGUUGCACCAGGACCAUCGAAGGAGUCGCCGCAAAAGGUCUCUCCCGUCGCUGAGGCGCAAUCGACGAAGAUCCUACUGAAACCAAAAAUUAAAGUUAUUAAAAAGAUGGAAGGGCAAGAACCGACCAGAAAGAUUUCCCUGGUUACGAGCAGCCCGACUGUUGACGAGCCUUUGGUUUCACGAGCUCUGAGUAAAAACGGAGAAGAUUCUGCUGUGCGGCGGAUUGUCGCGUCAAAGAAAGAUAUAGUUUCUUCAGUUCUGCGAGGUGCCGAGGGCCCGUCGAUGGAUCAGUCGUACUCGAAGAAAAUCAUCAAGAAGUCCGUGGUGAUCACCAAGCCCGCCAGCCAGGCUGGCCUCUCUUCGACGUCUGAAGAUCGCGUUUCUCUCGUGUCGGCCAACCACCAAAUGCGGCUGGCUGUGACCAAAACAGCAAAGCAGGUCAUGGCCAGCGGAAUUGUCGUGGCGAUCGAAAAUAUUCCUUCCGCCACGACUCCUGAUACUCUGAAAAAGAUGGGCAUGGGGCUGGGUUUGAAGGCUAUCAGAAUGAAGAAGCUGGGGACGCAUCAGACUGCUCAAAUGGUUUUCUCGACCAGAGAGGGCGCGGAGAAAUUUGUCAAGCAAAACCAGAGAAAGGUGCUCGACCUCUCUGUCAUAGACUUAAAAAUUCUAUGAACACUUUUAUAUAGACAUUUACAUUUGAGUUGUUUUAGACGGGCAGUUUGCACUGGCGGUUUUUUUAGUUGCGCGUUUUAUCUCGUAAUCGAGUGUAAAUUUCUUUCGGUUCAUGAGCUACUUACUUAAAAAGUCAUUGGGAGUUCAAUCGUGGUGAUUGACGUUAUUUAAACCUGCUCGCAACCUGAUUGAAUGUCCAUUGACGAAAGCACUUCAAUGCAAACUGCCCACUUGUUUAUUUCCAUUUAUAAAAAAGAUCUGCUACAAAAACUGUUCUUUUCCUACACAUUUAUGGUACUCAUUGUUGAACAGUGAUGAAAAAAACGUCACAAUUAUCUAGUUUCUUUGUAAAUUCCCACACAACAAUGGGUACUGUUGCUUGUAAAACAAAUACUAUAAAAAUGGCAGUAUCCAUAAACAAAGAAAAAGCAUCACAAGUUAAUUUCGUAGUUUUAAGAGGACUUGAUUGUUGAAUGAGUAGUGUAUGGAUUUACAUAUUCCAUGCUAAGGAAGGAAUAAUAAAUUUUCAUGUGAAUAUAAACCAAACUCGCAAUUGGAGUGAAAAGUGGAGAAAUUGCUGGGGCAAGAGAUGCGAACGCAAUAAUUUCUCUGAACCAUAUCUUUCUCGACUUUUGCAGCCAAAAACUGCACUUAUUUUAAACUGUAACGCUCUGUGAUAUUAAUGUUUGCUCAAUUAUCUGAGCUGUUGAUGUGAUCAAUUUUGUAAACUUUGUAUUAUUGUAAACCAUCAGGUCGUCUUCACACCCAAGGUAAAUAUCACUUUUGUUCGUGCACGCUGGUUAUUUUGUACGUUGACGGCGUAAAAUAGCACGAACGCAGCACUAUUUUAUGCCAAAAUGGCAAAAUAACCGCAAAAAAUAUAUCAAAACAAUUAUGCCACGAGUUGGCUCUGUAGUGCCUUGUUAUUCAUCUUUUGGCAUGGUGAUCUCGGAUUUUUUUAUGAUUUCUGCAUGACCCCCCGCAUUUUUGCUUGUACACCCGCUGCUCACAAAUUGUUUGCUUUCUUCAUCUCGGUGCAAUUUGCUUCACUACUGCUUGCUUUUUUCACUGCCGGAUUUCGUUCUUUGAUCUCAUCAAGUUUUAUCUUCGGUUCCCAACAGGUGUGUUCCAAACACGAUCUCAAGAGCGAAGACGACACAAAUUUAAUUAAUUUUAGUGCCAUGUUUUGUAUUUGAAUUAUGUUCAAAACAAAAGCUCGACACUCGCGCAGAGCUCUGCUUCUGCUCUAUCUUUCUCACAAAUUCUACCGACUGAUUUUCAGCCUCUGUACUUGUACCUCAACGACAAGAAAAAAAUCUCAAGAAUAAAUACGAUCGACUCGGUCUUAAACGCAAAAA